CGUUGCUCCUCUCCAUUUCCUCCAUCAGAAUAGUACGACGCCAAGCCAGAGCAGCACACAAAAUAGCCUUUGGUCUUCUAAUAUUUACCUGCGCCUGCCCUUCCCCAGGGCUUCAACAUUUACUACACUGCUCUCUUCAUCCAGAAUCCCAUCUCCAGCCACAUCAUGUCGACAGAUACACAAUCCCUCCCGACCAGGGAGAGCACACCAAGUUUUACAAGACCCAUAUCAGAGACACAGACAUCCGAUAUCACAGCCGCCCAGGUCUACACCCGCAAUCCAUCUUGCGACAGCACAAUGUACGGCGAAUUUCCCGAAGUGGUGGAUGCCAAGAGGGUAGAGCAGCAGGGGGAUGAGGAAACUGUCCCGGCCUUGCCUCAGAAGAGUGCUCUGAGGGCUUCAAGGUUGCUUGACAGCUUGGCUCAGCUCAAGAUGAGUGGCACGGUUGAGACUGCCGAGUUGGAAAAGCCGUCUCCACUUGGCGACGUCUAUCUCUCUUCCGAGGAGGAAGCUUCCUCGGACACCGACAGCCUAUCCGACUAUGUCUACGAGUCCAGCAACGAGAAGGAAGCCUCUUCCGCCACAACGACCUCCCGACGAAGUAGCCGUGAAGACACGGCCCGUGUUGUUUCGGUCAUCUUUUCUGGCAGGCCCUCGAUCGUCGACCUCGCCACCCUCAGGAGGGGUUCCGCCGCGCCGAGCCUAGGGGGAGGCCACAUGAGGAAGCGGUCAAGCACAGUGUCCUGCAAUAUCCCCAUCGAGCGGACAGUCACACCAGCCAGCCCCAUGUCCGCUUUUGCGCUUCCCGAAAGGAAGAGCAGUCUUCCCAUCGAUAUGAUGCCCAUGAGGAAGCCUCACUUUCUCAACGUCGACCCGUUCGCAAACAGCAGCUCCAUCUCGCUGGAAGUUCCUAGAGCCGAUACUCCAGAGGACGUGACGAGCCCGGCGAGAUCUCCCAGGACACCAACUUUGACUCUGUUGAAGGGAGUUACGAGGACCUUCAGCCUCGUUAGGAAGAGGAGCCGUCCGGCGCUGGCGAGCCCCCAGCCACUGUCAGAGCGCACCACACCGCCUCCUUCAAGACACUCUAUGAAGCCGCCACCGUCCCGCAGCAGCAUGAUGCCGCUCUCUGUCACCACUCCUCUCCCUGAGGAAGGCCCGGAGCAGCUUGGUGUACCGGGGUCACCCGCUACCUCUGAUAAGUCGUCAAGGAAGAAUUUUAGAAUGUCCACGCCAUCUGGGCCAUGCUCAUCGCCACAGCCUCCAUCACUGCCAGAGGAUGCUUCGCCCGUCUCUCCUCUUUCUCCUACCAGCGUCCCAAGGAGAGGACUCCUCAGCGGGUUUGCGGCAAGGCGCAAGAGCAUCAAGCUGACGGGACGGAUCAACAUUGCAUAAAGCGACGCGACACGCAGCAUGUACCAAACCGAACCGGACACUGAUAUUUUUUCUUAUUUUUUUACGGCAUAUUGCAAGCAUGGCGUUUUAAAGCUUGGGGAGCGGGCACAGUCCGCAGUAUCGCAUACAACAAAGAAGAGGUUGAGUUGGGAGACCUAAAAUGGAAAAGAGACGCAGGCGGGAAUGACUUGGACACACAACACAAACAGAUUUCGGAUCACAUGGCGAAGCAGAGAGAGAAAGAGAGAGAGAGAGAGGUAUUCGACAUCUGUCAUGCCUGCGCAAAAGCAUAUUCAAACACAGCAGGCGGGCAAUUAUCUUGUCUUUUUUUUUUUUUCGUUUUCUUUCAUACAUAUUGAAUGGAGUUCUCGGGUCAUGGGAGGUUUUCACGCAACGUCAUCUUCGGUUGCUCUGUUUUCUUUUUUUCGUUCGCUUUUAUUUUUUUUGUUGUUUCUUUUUCUAGACGAAUGUUAUGAUACCACAGGGCGCUGUUCUGGUUUCUUCGUUCCUUCACAGGCACAAUAUCUCCGCCACUACGCACUAUUUCCAUUCACUGUCUGGAUGGCUUCUACAAAAUUCAAAGACAGGCAUUGUUUGCCAAAACAACAUACAGAAUCACACUCACGUCGCUACCGUGGCUUGCUAUGAUGAACGUAACAUUGUAUUUGCUCUUUAAAAGAUUCAAUGGAAUCAAGAAGCAGAUCCCCACCACACUUGCACCUCGAAAUCGGUCAUGCCGGCCUGCCAUUGAAUGUCACCUUUUUUCUUCAUGCCUCUGUUCUUCGUAUGGUUUUAGAUGUAUUUUCCUCAUGCCACACCGGG